AUGAUUCUUAUGACCAUUAAUGGUCAAUCUAAACUACCUUGUUCACUUGAAUAUCAAACAAUUAAUCUUGUGCCAGAAUGGAAUUAUUCUUCAUUAUUUAAUAAUGGUAAUGAUCAUAAAAUUUAUCAACCAAGAUUUAUUCGUAUACCACGUUGUAACAAUGGUGGUUAUUGUUCGAUAAAUCGUUUGCAACAAAAUAUCAAUAACGAUGAAUGGAAUCAAUCCGAAUGUCGACCAACAAAUAUUCAAUAUAAAACAAUAAUACAAACAAUAAAAUCAUAUGAUCAAUAUAAAAUACAGAAAUCAUUAGAAUAUCGUAAAAUACAAAUUGCAUAUCAUACUGGUUGUCAAUGUUAUUGUCGACAACAACAACAACAAUGUGAAAAUAAUCGAAAACAAUUUUUCAAUGAUUCAUGUCAAUGUGAAUGUAGAUUAGAUUUAGCUGAUGAACAAUUUGAUUGUUCAAAACGUUUUACAAGACAUGGUCAUAUGUUUUGGGAUAAUGAUCGUUGUGAAUGUCGUUGUCCACAAUUCUAUUAUGAAUAUAUUCAUCAUUUAAAUCCAUUAUUAUCAAUGAAUAAUCAAUAUUAUUGUCCAAAUGGACAUUAUCUUGAUCAAAAUAGUUGUAAAUGUUUUAAACAAAAAACAAAUAAUAUUUUAUAA